AUUCCACUAUCAACCAAAUGGAACCCCCACAAGUUUGAAACAUCUAUUUCUCUUACCCUCCACUUUCUUUUCUUACCUUUUUUCACUUAGACCAUCAACAUCCAUGCAAUUCCCAUCCGUAUUACUAUAACAUCAAAGAAUCCCACUUUGCAUUCUUUUAAGCCGAAUGAAACAGAUGAAAGAAUAAACUCACGAACUUUUUAAGCAUCUUUCUUGAUCAAUUUGUUCUCUUGCAGUUUGACAUGUCUUUUGUUUUUUUUUUUUUUUGAAGUGGGGUAUGAGGGAGAGAGAGAGGCAAUCAAGUGCUGUGAAGCACUAGACCAUAUUGUCUGCAACUGACAUCCAAAGAUUCACCGCAAUACAAAGCUUUUCCAAAUACCUUUAAGUUUAGGUUUUGUUUUCUUCAUUUUUCGUAGAGAAAGCAAGAUGGGGUUUCUACAGAAAUUGGGUUUCUUCUGCAUUCGUUUAAGUUUUCUUCUUUUCCUUGUUUCGCCGCUCGUAAGCUCGUCCCAAGAACAAAUGAAAGGUGCAGGCAGUCACAAAGAGAACAUUCAUAAGCAGAUGAGUCACAAACUGUCAUCGGAAAUCAGACUCCACGGGUUUCUUCUUUGGGCUUCAAUGGGGUUCUUGAUGCCUGUAGGAAUACUUGCUAUCAGAAUGUCACACGGAGAGGAAUGUGGAAGAAGGCUCAGAAUUCUUUUCUAUGUUCAUGGGUUAUCAGAGAUGCUCUCUGUCCUUCUUGCAACAGCAGGAGCAGUGAUGUCCUUCAGAAACUUCAACAACUCCUUCAACAAUAAACACCAAAGGGUUGGGAUAGGCUUAUAUGGCCUAAUAUGGUUGCAGGCCCUAAUUGGGUUUGUAAGGCCACAGAGGGGAUCCAAGGGAAGAAGCAUAUGGUUUUCUGUACAUUGGAUACUUGGAACUGCAGUGUCUCUGCUUGGGGUCCUCAACAUAUACACAGGACUACAAGCCUACCACGAGAAGACCUCAAAAGGCAUAAAGCUUUGGACCAUAAUUUUCACUGCUCAAGUCAGUGCCAUCACCUUCUUCUACCUGUUCCAAGACAAAUGGUUGUACAUCCAAAAGCAAGGAGUGCUUCUGGGCAAUGAACCAGUACGGCCCACCGCGGAUCAAGUGCUUUUGCCAAUUGAAAAGCAAAAGCAGUCGGUGACUGAUUCUAGCUGAGAAGGCAAAUGACCAAAUGGCUGGCUAGUUUUUAACUAACAUGGAAUCUUUUUUUUUUCUUUCCUUUUUCUUUGCUUUCCUCAGUCCCUUUCUCUCCCCUGUACUCCUCAUGUUUGAAUAGAUCAAAAGGAGAAUCGAUGGACAAACAAAAGGAGGAGUGCAGAAGGAGAAAACAGGAUUUGCUAGAAUCAUUUUCACUUCUUCUCUAGGAAUAGUAGGUGUUUAUAGCAUGUGAAACAUGUUCACAUUGGGUGUUGGGACUUGGGAUAAAGAUUUCUAUUGGGAUAAGUUAAUAUUUAGGAGAAAAUGAAUGUAAAUAUUUUGUAAUUAUUA